AUGUAUUUCCAGCAACACCAGGCUCACCUAAUUCCUCUGCCCAGCCUGAGAUGUGGGGAAUGCUGCCCGCCCCGUCCCUCCGCACCGGCUGAGCCGGUCCCUUCCCCUCCAGGGCUGAUCCCGGCUGGCGCCAGCGUUUUGGAGUUGGAGCAGAUGAUCAGGUCGGCCACGGGGAAAAGUGCCCUGCUCUCCUACAGCUGGUACGGGUGUUUCUGUGGCAUCGGAGGCAGAGGGACCCCGGUGGACUCCACGGAUUGGUGCUGCCAUGCCCACGACUGCUGCUACAGGAAACUGCGGGAGGGCAAGUGCAGACCUCUGAUCACCCCCUACCACUUCAAUGUCACCGAUGGGGAGAUCUUUUGCAGUGAUGAGCAGAGCUGGUGCAAGAGAGAGACCUGCCUCUGUGACAAGGCAGUGGCCUCGUGUUUCGCGGGCACUUUGACUUCCUACAACAAAUCCUACCGCUUCUAUUUCAAGCUGAAAUGCCAAGGAAGUCAGCUCCAGUGCUGAGGAGAAAUCUGCAUCCAGGCUUGCAGAUAUUGACUGGUUUUUCCCCAUUGCCAUGGCAAGAAAAGCCUGAUGUGGGGGCUGUACGGAGCUGGAGCCAGCAAAGUCCAACCACAAGGUGAUGCUCAGGGUGAAGAAGGGCACACACACAUUAGGGAUGGAAAUCCCCGAGGUCACAGAAAGAGACAGCUUCCUUUUCUUAUUUUGUCCCUUCCUCCUUUCGUUUUUCUUUCUUGAUUUCAGUUCCCAGCAAAGAUCAUGAAAUAAAAGUUAUUCAAAAUUAUUCUCUGUAGUGUUUUCUCAGAGCUGCUGAUUGAGGCACUGGAAUGGAGUCAUGUGGGCUGCCAAGUUUGGGGAACACUUUUGCCUCUCACACCAGCUGCCAGACACCUCAAUAUUUUCAUGAUCCCAAAAAAAACAAAGGUCUGACAGUGGCUUAUUCACAGCCAGUUAUUUACUCCUUCCCUGUCCAGGCCUAUCCCACUGUGGAUCAGUAGUGCUGCUGCCAGACCCCUCAGCUAAGAAGGACAAAGAAAUGCCACCAAGUAAAGCUCCCUGGGGUUUGUAAACUAAAUAAUUCCCCAGUGGUGAGCCUUGAUGGCAGCCAGGUUUUUUGGCUUCUACCAAUGUCCCUUCCCACUAGCUGAAAUCACCCCAAAAACCUCGAACAAUUGCAUUGAGGGGCAGAUAAGGCCAAAAGGUGGUUUUUUACAGGAAUAAUUGAAGUGGGAAAAUGUGGGAGAUUGUUUGAGACCCUCCUCUGCUGCUUAUGUAAAAAUAAAGGGUAAAGACUAGUUAUCUGCAGAGGAGGGAAGAUUUCAAAGCCUUGUCCAUACCAAGGCAGAUGCGAAUUUAGGAGGGCAGUUAAGUUGGUGACUAACUAGUUUCUCCACAAGUUCUGCAUACGAGUUGCAGUGUGGAAGUGGAAAAAUCAUACUGAGAGAAAUAAAGAGUAUUUGCAGUCACUCAUCCCAAAAACAUUCAUUUUGCUUCAUUCCCUCUCACGAUGGGUGAGCAUUUAAUCAUCCAGUCCCUGCCUAAC